UCGGGUUUCUAUUGGCAGGGAGGAGCAAGUGGGCGGGGCGGCGUGACACAGCGGCCGCAGCACCGGCUGUGACCCGAACCGGAUUUGAUUCCACUCGCGGUCGCCGACGGCCUCAGCCGCCUUCACUGAAGCUCCGCCGCCGCCGCCACCGCCGCCGCCAUGGCGCUUAGCGAUGCUGACGUCCAGAAGCAGAUCAAGCAUAUGAUGGCUUUCAUUGAACAGGAAGCCAAUGAAAAGGCUGAAGAAAUAGAUGCAAAGGCAGAAGAAGAAUUCAACAUUGAGAAGGGUCGCCUUGUUCAGACACAGAGGCUGAAAAUCAUGGAGUAUUAUGAAAAGAAGGAGAAACAAAUUGAACAGCAAAAGAAAAUUCAGAUGUCCAACCUGAUGAAUCAAGCAAGACUGAAGGUCCUCAAGGCAAGGGAUGACCUUAUCGCAGAUUUGCUGAAUGAGGCCAAGCAGAGACUUGCCAAGGUGGUAAAGGAUACUGCCAGGUACCAGAUACUGCUGGACGGACUAGUUCUACAGGGAUUCUACCAGCUGCUUGAGCCCAGAUUAGUUGUUCGGUGCAGGAAACAGGAUCUCCCUUUGGUUAAGACUGCUGUACAGAAGAGCAUUCCCAUCUACAAAAAUGCCACAAAAAGGGAUGUGGAUGUUCACAUUGACCAAGACAACUUCCUGCCAGAGGAUAUUGCUGGAGGAGUUGAAGUCUAUAACAGUGAUGGUAAAAUUAAGGUUUCCAAUACCUUGGAAAGUCGGCUGGACCUUGUAGCCCAGCAGAUGAUGCCAGAAAUCAGAGUGGCUCUCUUCGGUGCUAAUGCCAACAGGAAGUUUUUGGACUAAACCUCUAUGAGAGAAGGUGGGAUCUGUUCCACUGCCAUACUGAAGGGGAUGCAAAAGCAUCUGCUAAUUUAAAAUCUUGAAAUAUAACAUUACCGUGUCAUCCAGUAUCUGUUCUUCAAUGGAAUAAUUUUGCAUACCUGCUGUGCUUAGCCUCUCUACUUGUGGUUAGAAUGUAUUGCUAACAGGAUGUGAAGACAUACAUAUUCAUCCAGAAGUGACACUAGGAAAUGGAGGCAUUUGGGGCUCUUGGCUUUCCUUGCACUGUUGUGGCUCUGUAAAGACAAGUGGUCCAUUUAGGGUCAUUCUCUUAGCUUUGGCCACAUCUCUUUCAAAUUGUCUAAUCUGUGAAGUAAAUUACUAUGCUACUGGUGGGAAAUCCCUUUUCAGUUAAGGUCUUCAGUGUUACAGAGGGCAUGCAUUCCUUCCCAAGCUUAGUAGUUUAAUUCAUGUUCCUUGGUCAGGCAUUUCUCUGUUCUGUAUAUGUGAUUUAAAGAAAAACAAAAAAAAAAGCCUGAGCCUGUAAAACUUUAUUUAUUAAAAUAAAAUUGCGUGUGUGUAUGGA